AUGGCAGAAAGCGAGGAGAAGAAUGCGGCUGUGUAUCGCAGCGUCUCUUUCAAAAAGUUGGGGUCCUGGGGCGCCAACAGGAGUGAAGACCAGCCACACAAAUCAGGGGAUUUGGAGGCAGUCGGUGUCGCCCUUCCCCCGGAGCCCAGCAAAGCAGAACAGCCCUUGACGACAACGCGUAAUGUCAGUGUGUCAAGAAAAGUUUCCAAAAUCUCUGCCACCACCGCCAGCCUCCUAACCGCAGAUCCAAAGAGAGGCUCUCCCAUUCUUCUCUCCUCCAUUUCUCCAUCCAUCCGCGAGCUUACUGAGAAGUUCAGCAGCAGUAGGAGUAGCAGCGGCUCCGCCAGGACGCACAGAGUUUCACCGGGAGACGGUGCAGCGUGGACGCGGGGGAGCAGCACUUUUCCCCGGGCCCGAGGCUCCAGGAGAGACGGGAAUCCACCUGGCGAAACUUUUCACGAGGACAGCAGCGGCUGUGGUGGUGGAUAUUUCCAGGAUAGUGAUACCGCAACAGCAGAGCCGCUUUCAGACAGCAAAGUGCUAAAGUUUCACUCGGGCACUGACUCUGUGUCAGGCUCGGACUCGGAGAGAAAAAGCGACAAGCGGACUUCUACGAGUUUAUCAACCGACAGCAGCGGCAGCUCGGGUAAGAGAGAUUAUUCACAGAUCAAUGCACGUCCCCCUGAUCUCAGAAAGACUUUGACUCCAGAUGAGGAAGAGGAUAUUAGCGGCAGAGGGGUGCCUCCACCCUCCAAAUCCCACAGAAGUUAUCUCUCCACACACUACAGUGACUUUUUCUCCCUGCACUCUGAUAAGUGGCCCAGUGUUACCAAAAUUAGACGGCUGUUUGAUGAGAGACAAAGCAAACCUUUGCAGCAGCACAAGACGCUUGAUGCUUAUGAGAAUUUAAAAGCAGCUGGCAGAGACCAUCUACAGGAGCUUACCUUUAGUGACAGUGCUCUUCGCUCUGACAGAAACAAACUGUCACCUUGCAGUUCAGCUAAUGAAACCAUUAACCUGCCUUUGCAUGACAAAUCCCUAGUUGGAGAACAGAACAGAGGAAGCGGCACUGCUGAAGAGACUUUUACAUAUUGUUUGGACUUUUGCUCCAAAGCUGACCACCAUCGUCACUCAAAUGAUGAGGAGGCAGACAUAGAGACACGCAGUCAGAAUAAACAAGUGUCUGGCAGAAAUACUUUUCAAAGCAGCGGCGGUAGCAGUUGCAGUCACUCUGGGGGUAGUCGCUACCACAGGAUUAAAUCACCUUCAUACAGAUCUCCUAGUCCCAACACUGAGGCAGAGGCUCAGGCCCCCGGAUCGACAGGAUUGACAUCUGACCCUAACCCUGACCUUCAACCCUUUGCUGCUUCGUCUUGGAGUCGAUCGGAGAGCUCAGACACCACCUCCUGCUCCUCCUCUCUUCACCAGCCGACAGCUAGGGAGAGAAGGGAUAGACAGGGGGUCGGGCUGCCCAGGGAUAGUUUACAUUCCUCACAUAGCUCCUCUAGAGCUCCAGCCCCCUCCACCUCCUCCCUCUCCUCUGCUCCAGCUCCAGAUAAAGCCAUUACCUCCUCCUCCGCUGUUGCCCCUUCCACUGAGUUAAUACACCCAGGGAAAGUUGUUUCUCCCCUCAGCUCCCGCUGGAGGUUUAGCUCUGGAGACGAAGAAGAGGAGCAAACUAGGAGAAAAAGAGAAGGCAGUUGGAGUGGUUCCUAUAACCCUUCUCCUUCUGUGUCCUACAGAGGAGGAGAGAGGGGUGCCACAGAGCGAGGAGGCAGCUAUUUAUCCCGCUGUAAAAAUGGCUGGUGGGGCGCUAAGGCCAUUGGCAGGUCUUCAGGCAGUGAGGAGGAUAGUCCUGGUUCUUUAGGCCCCCACUAUCGAGAGGCAGUCCGCCGGCGCUCGCUGAGAAAGAAGAAAAAAGUCAGUGGGGCUGCUCUAAUAACAGGCCGUGAUGAUUACGAUGAUCAUGAUGGCGAAUCAGAAGACAGCGACAGUGACACGGCCUUGACAAUGGAGCACCUAGAGAGGCCGCACCAGCAAAACACGGGAGGAGAAUUUGGGGGGACAGUAGCCCGGAGCCAGUCAACACGAGAACCUAGCAGUCACAGAGCCAGGGUGCAGCAAUGGGAGCGCAUCACCUCACCUGUGACAUCAGUGAUGCUCCCUGGUGUAUCAAGGGUGUCAAAGGUCAGCAUACCCCCAUUUCUCUCCAGCCCUGGCGAUUCACAUUGCAGCAGCCGAUACUCGAGCACUGAGACGCUGAAAGAGGAGGACCUAGCUAGCUGUGCCAACCGUGCAGCUAAUGUGUUAUAUAAUACAAGGGGCGCAGGAGGUAGCACUAGGAGAGCAGCAUCCUCUUCCAUGUUGAGUAAAACUUAUCAUGGGAAUUUUACCAUGUACCGGUCGCCAAGCUUCGGCCAUGGGGACAACUUCUCCCGUGCUCCUGUACGUGUGCGCCCCAAGAUUGUGCCAACUGUAACACCGUUGCCUGGUGUACUUGCCAGAGAAGGUGGGGUCUCUUCAGAGGAUAGAGGUGGUGAGACCAUGGGAUUAAGGAAAAUGACAGCAGGGGUUAGGGUGAAUGAUAAGGAUAAACACCAGAUAUCCAUAUCCAACCCUGAUAUCACCUCAGAAACUAUGACACUUUUAAGCUUUCUGAAAUCUGACCUGCCAGGGCUGAGGGUGCGUAAAUCAAGUGGAGGGGAUAGAUCUGGGGUUGUGGAGGGGUCAUCAGUGAACAAGAUGAGUUCAGGGACUCAUGGUGGGACCCUUCUCUCUUCCAGUCACCGUCCAUCGCUUAAAGACCUGACCGCCACUUUGCGACGUGCGAAAUCCUUCACUUAUUCAGAUAAACCUACAGCAGUCACGAGAUGUUACAUGACAAGUGGCACCACAAAGAGGAGCUCCUCUGAGCAGCGGCUUGACUCGGAUGGAGAGAGUGGUGGAGGGAGGGUGGUGCUGUCAGACAGGGAAGUAGAAAGUGAUGGGGGGGAUUUUAGGGUUGGGAGAGGACGCAGAAUGAGGGAUUAUGGAUUUGAAAAUGACUAUGACGAUGAUGAAGAGAUGCCAGUGCAGGAUAGGUAUGUGCAGGAAGCCAGACAGGUCAUUAGAGAUAUAUGCCAGAUGAGUACGAGGGAAGAUGAUGAUGAUGAUGUAGACGUAAGGGGAAGUGGCAGUAUUUCUGGGGCUGAAUGUUUACAGUUUAAGAAAACAAAUGAGGAGAAGGAGAAAGCCAGUGAGGACAGAAAGGAUGAGGCAAGGACAGAUCAAGAGGCUGAGUUUGAGAACACAAAAGACAGGUUUAAGCAUAUGAGGGAGAGUGAGAACAGGGAGAGGGAGAGGAGUGAGAGGGAUGGUAUGCAGAUGGAAAAGCUAAACAGCAGGGGCACAGAGUACUGGGAGAAGUCAAAGAGACAGAGCAGAGAGCUGGAGAGAGCCUUACUGAAAGGUGACUCUGAUGAAAACAUGUUCUACGACCGCUCUGUGGAUGAACUUUCAGGCCCUGAGUCGAGUUUAACAGAUGAAGGGAUUGUGACAGAGCCAGAAACAGGCCCCGGUGACCUCUCAGAGAAGUCAUACUUGGGCUCAGCAGGGGCUGAUUUAGGGUCAAGAACAGCCAGGGAUGUGCUAGGGCAGCCGGCAGCCGUGUGGAAGCUGUCGGCUCCCCUUGAGGUGGAUGGCUUCAAGCAGGAGGGAGAAAAGACAACAGAGAUCAGCUUGAGUUGUACAAAUCGUCUGAAUGAAGUGAGUGCACCUCGCUCUGUGUCUCUUCCUCCCCAUAGGGCUGAGAAUGACAACCUUAUCAUGGAACAGAGCACUACUGCUGGCAUCAUCGAUGUCAGUGAGGGGAUCAGUGCUGUGCCGCAGGGGUCAGCAGCCACCACAGGAGCAGGGGGAGGAUCUGAAACCCCCGCAACCCCGAAUGCUAUCCGUCGAAGGCGCAAAUUCUCCCCCUCUGGUAAUACAGGCUCUGAUUCUAGUAAUGGCAGUAAUGCAGAGUCAACAACAGCAGCUGUGGGAAAUGGGGAGUCUACAGUUUACCGCUCUCUCAGUGAUCCCAUGCCUCAGCGGCGCUGUUCUGUAGCAGAAGAGGGGAACAACAAAUUUUCUUCUGUAGACAGUAACCUGUUAGGAUCCCUGUCUGUCAAAGGAGGAGUGGGAGGUGCUCCAGAAGCCUCUGCUGUGAGCACGCUGUCAGAAUAUAAGGGCAGCGUAGCCAGUGACUUGUCAGUGUGCAGUGAUGGCGGGCUCCGUGAUGAUGGCAUUCGGGACUACAGCGGGGUCAUCAGGAACAUUGUAGCUGAGCCAGGUGCAAUGGACAGACUGAUGGCAGAUGAGCAUAACAAUGGCAAAGCCCCCAAGAAGAAGUCAUUCAGUGACCCCAGCCGUCGUAGUGAUACCCUUUUUACUUCUCAAAAUGACCCUCAGUUCAAAGGUCAGACUGGCAGCACUCAACCAAUCAGUGAGCUGGAGCACCCUAGCCUGAUUCCACCUUCCAGCAGCGAGCCAAUCUUGAGCGAGCAGAGAGAGGAACUGUGGGAACCUGAAGCUAAGCCUAAACACACACAGCUGCAUCAGCAGGCAAAUGGCAGUAAUAAAGUCACAAAGGCUCGCUCCCUGUCAGAGAGCGCCCCUCCCUCUGAAUAUCAUGAUGAUGACGAUGGUGAUCUUAUAGACCAAGGUGGAGAGGAGGAGGUACAGAAGUUUAACUUUGACCUUAAGCUAGCUGGAGUUCUGUCUCCCAGAAUGAGUCGUCGGCCCGCCAGAAAGCGUCCAAACAGGUUGACGUUUUUUGCCCCCGAGGAUCCAUUUGAGCCCCCGGAACUGGAUUCAGAGGGACACGAGGAUCACAGUGACCAAAACAAGCUCAUGGCUCCUCUUUCCCCUCUGCCACUGCAAUCCAAAUCCCAAACCAUACCCAUGCAUGUUCGCCAUACCAGUGAACCCACCACCUUCAUCCCAAUCUCCCCACCCCCACAGCUCAAGCCCCUCAAGGAGGCAGACUUAGCCAUCCGAUCCACUACAGAACCCGCACCUGGAAGUAGGCCUCCGGGAGACGAGGCCCCAUCUUUGGAGGAUGUGACACAGAAAUAUAUCCUUGAUCUGAGCACUUCUGAAAGGGACCCUGAGGGCCCAGGAAAUCUUCCGGUACACGGUUCAGUGUCAGCUUCAGAAGGACUCAGCGAGACCAGCCCCAGUGGAGUGACAGAAGCUGGACCACAGAAGAAGGGCAUUGAGGACACUGCAUCUGUGCCCACCCCACAGAGAACCAAGCCCAAAGUGGAUAUGAGAAAGCAUGUCAUGAUGACCCUCCUAGAUACAGAGCAGUCAUAUGUGGAGUCACUGCGCACUCUCAUUCAGGGCUACAUGCGUCCUCUCAAACAGCCGGACAGUGGCUCUAUUGUGGACCCGCUGCUGGUGGAUGAGAUGUUCUACCAGAUCCCGGAGAUCCUGGAGCACCACGAACAGUUCUUGGAGCAGGUCGCUAGCUGUGUGAAUCAGUGGCAUGACAGGCAAACAGUUGGACACCUCCUCAUCCAGUCGUUCUCCAAAGAGGCACUAGCUAAUAUGUAUUCAGCAUACAUUGAUAACUUCCUCAAUGCCAAAGAUGCUGUGAGGAUUGCCAAGGAGGCCAAGCCAGCAUUUCACAAGUUUCUGGAGCAAAAUAUGCGUGAGAACAAGGAGAAGCAGGCUCUGGGUGAUCUGAUGAUUAAGCCGGUGCAGAGGAUUCCUCGAUACGAGCUGCUGGUUAAGGAUUUGCUCAAGCACACUCCAGAGGAUCACCCGGACCACCCAUACUUACUGGACGCUCAGAGGGACAUUAAACGGCUGGCAGAGAAGAUCAAUAAAGGAAGACGCUCUGCUGAAGAGGCAGAGAGGGAAGCCAGGGUCAUCCAGGAGAUUGAGGCACACAUAGAAGGAGUCGAACAUAUUCUGAAUCCCCAGAGGAAGUUCUUGAGACAAGAAAUAGUCAUGGAGGCGAAGACAGUGGGUGGAAAAAAAGAUCGCUCCCUCUUCCUCUUCAGUGAUCUGAUCAUCUGCACCACUCUCAAGAGGAAGUCUGGCUCAUUAAGACGCAGCUCCAUGAGCCUAUACUCUGCUGCAAGUGUGAUUGAUACUUCGAGUAAAUACAAGUUCCUGUGGAAGCUUCCUCUUGAGGAUGUGGAGGUGGUGAAAAGCUCCGCUCAGGCGACGAAUAAGGACAGCAUCCAGAAGAUGAUUGGCCGGUUAGAUGAGGAUCUCAGCACACUGGGGCAGAUCAGCAAACUGGCUGAGACCCUCAGCCUCCCUCACCAGCCCCUAGACGAGGUAAUAAAGGAUCUGAUGGCAUCGGUGCACAGGGAGCUUUCAGACAAACAGUCUUUGGCCUUCAGUAUGACCUUCCUGCCCACAAAGCUGGAGUUGACCACAGCCUCCGCAGAGAACAGCUUCGUUUUCGAGUUUGCUACACCUGACGCUCGCUCCAUCUUCGAGCAGGCCUUUGAGGAGGCCAAGAAGAAAUUAGCUAUGACUAAGGACCAGUGGGACCCAGAGUUCCUGAAGGCCAUUCCUAUUAUGAAGACUCGCAGUGGAAUGCAGUUUUCAUGUGCCUCUCCCAGCCACAGCUGUCCAGACAGCGGCUGUGAAGUGUGGGUGUGUAAUAGUGAUGGAUACGUGGGACAGGUUUGUCUGUUGAACAUCAAAGAUGAGCCCACAGUGGAGGCGUGUAUCGCUGUCUGCUCAGCGAGGAUUAUCUGUAUUGCUGCAGUGCCAGGACUUAAGGGAAGGGAGCGUGGAUCAGAGCCUGCCCUUGCCCCUACCUCCGCAGCACCUGGUCACACCCAGCAGCAACUCCACAUAUCCAUUUCUCAUUCCACUCUAGAGUUGACCGAGCAACCCACAGGACCGGGGGCGGAGCUUGUUCCAUUUGACAGCGACGAUACAGACGACGAAGAUUCCCCCAGUCCCUCUUCAACUCUACAGAGUCAGGCCAGUCACUCCACCAUAUCAUCCAGCUAUGGCAAUGAUGAGGGUCCAGGCUCCAAGGACAUGGCUACAGAGACCACCAGCAGUGAGGAGGAACAGGAGUUCCCGGUGACAAGCUCAUAUGGUGCUCAAGGGAUGUUGGGUGUCGGUGGCGUAAGCCGUGUUCACGCAGAGAGUCCAAUGGAUGGUCGCGCCAUGCGGCGAUCCUCUCGGGGAUCUUUCACCCGGGCGAGUCUGGAGGAUCUUCUCAGUAUUGACCCAGAGGCUUACCAGAGCUCUGUGUGGCUAGGCACGGAGGAUGGAUGCAUCCAUGUGUACCAGUCCUCAGACAACAUCCGCAACCGUAAAAACAGCAUGAAGAUGCAACACUCAGCGUCCAUCCUCUGCAUACUGUAUUUGGACAACAAAGUGUUUGUGUCCUUAGCAAAUGGAGAGGUGAUUGUUUAUCAGAGAGAAGCAGGUAGUUUCUGGGACCCUCAGUCUUCUCAGACGUUAGUUCUGGGUACACCUACUAGCCCUGUCACCAAAAUGGUUCCAGUAGGAGGGAAGCUGUGGUGUGGGUCACAGAACAGAGUCCUUAUCAUCAACACAACCACACUUGUACAAGAGCACUGGUUCCAGGUGGGCACUGACAGCAGUCGGUGCGUGACAUGCAUGGUGGCGUACGGUCAGGGUGUGUGGUUGGCGUUGCAGGGCAGUGCGCAGGUCAAACUAUACCACGCUCAAACGUGGGAGAGCCUGACAGAGGUCGAUGUGGCACCAGCUGUGCACAAGAUGCUUGCAGGUGCAGAUGCGAUCAUCAGACAGCACAAGGCUGCCUGUCUGCGAAUCACAGCCCUGCUAGCAUGUAAGGAUCUGCUGUGGAUCGGCACAAGUGCAGGGGUGGUUCUUACGCUGGUGAUCCCAGCGGUGAGCUCAGGAACUGGGGCUGGGACUCUGAAAUCUCCCCUGGCACCAAUGGGCUCAGCUCAUGGACACACGGGCCACGUUCGGUUCCUGACAUCAGUCGAACUACCAGAAGGAUUUGACAUGAACUUCCCUCCUGACUCCACAGGCAAUCAGUCCCAGAGCAGCAGCACAGUUGACGGGAGCCUCCAGAGGCGUGACUCCACGCUCCGCCGAGCUUCUGCCCACAUACCUCCAAAAACCAACUAUCUAGUCAUUUCCGGUGGUGAUGGCUAUGAGGACUUCAGACUGACUAAUAGCAGUGAAACAGUUGGACGGGAUGACAGUACCAACCACCUGCUGCUUUGGAGGGUUUGAGACAAUCGAACUCUUAGUCUUACCGACCUGACCCAUCCUCCCUCUAAGCUGAAAUCGGCGCACAAGCUCCUCGUCCUUUAACCCCAUCCGACUCCUCACUUUUUUGGUGUUGCUCUUGCAUUCUUCUGCUCGGUCCACUGGUCUCUAUGUGCGUAAUAUGGCCGUCAACUCCCCUUGGACUUCCUAAUGAAUAUGAUCACUUCAAGCUGAGUUUUCUCGUGUUAAUGUUUCCGAUGGUGUGCAUGUCUGUGUGUGCGUUUUCGGUUUGUGGCAUCCGCCGAGUAUUGUCAAGAAAAAAUAAAAAAAAAGGUGUCUUUAGAUUUAAGUUUUGACUGAAACAGGAGGCGAACUUCAGUUUUACAGAUGGACAUAUGUUCAAACUGAGAAAAGGCAACACAGAGAAGUGGACUUGGAUUCUGCAGAGUCUCUGCACAGGAGGCAGAAAGCAGCCAUUUAAGAAAAACUGGCAUGAGUGAGAUGAAGCAUGUACUUGUCCUUUUGAAAUUGUUUUUUUUUUUUGCUUCAUCUUAACUUGAGCUUCAUGCAAAAAGCCUAUUGAUGAUCCAAGGUAAAUGUCAUUACAAAAUAUAUAAAUAUCUAUAAAUGGUUUAAAAAAAAAGUGAAACAUACAAACACAGACUAUAGUUUGAUGGAUAUUUGGAAUUAUGAAUUUGUGCUUAUUUUUUCAGCUAGAUUUUUAGAUAGUGGAGAGUUUUAAAUGUCUGGUCUUAUAAAUAAGUGAAGGACAAAUGUCAGUUCCACUGCCAUCGAUAAUAGAUGUGACUGCUAACAUCAUCAUCCCUCCUGUUGGGGGUAAGAGCAUCAUUUAAGUGCAAUAUGUGGCAGCAGAGAUAUCUAACAAGACUGAACACGUAUGCUCCCAUACAUUCCUGCACGGCCUUCACUCACCGAGUCAAGAGAUUUGUGAAAAGCACGUGUGUUUUCUGCAGAAAAUCACCAUUUUAUAAUUUUUUUUACACAUUGAAUUUUUGUUUAAGAUGACUGCAAUGUAGAUGAAGCAGUGUCCCACUACUGGUAGAGGCGAAAAAAGUGGAUUGAAAACAUUCCUCUUAACAGGACUAUGCCAAAGCCUUUUAUGUGUUGACACUAAGAUUAUUUUUGCCAUGAAAUUUUCAGUUUGUCGAGUGUACUGUCACGAGGGACAGGGGAUCUUUAAAGACGACGAUAGGCUGUGGUAGCAGAUGAAGAUAGUUAUGUACAGUAUUUAUGGUUUUGAUUUUAGCGCCGCCUUUUACAGCACUUAAUUUAUAGAAGAUGUAGCUUCCACUUUUUCCUUUUGGGUUGAGGCUCGAUUACCAGAACUGAUUACCAGAAAACAGACCCGCACACGAGGGUUGAACGGAUACAGUCCAGUCGUGGUUCGGUACGAUACACAAUACGGGGUUCUUGCACUGUUUUGCAUAAUUUCCCUUCGUGCCGUAUCUCAAAGCAGCUUUUAAACAGGCAAAAAAAACACAGCUACUGUACUGUGUGAUUGUAUGAAAAGUUGUUUCCGCAGGCUAAGAAAAAAAUUUUGGUUUAACAAUUUGAAAUUUCGAGUUGAAUAUCUCAAAAUUUCAACUUACUCAGAAAUAACUUGAAAUUUCAAAAUAAUCAGUAAGUCAGAAUUUUGAGAUAAUAACCCAAAAUUUUGACUUGGCAAUUUUUUUUUAAUUCAGUGGUGGGAACAAGCUUACCAACAGCUAGAAGUUACCUAAUAUGUUUACUAUAUUCCAGCUCCACUCUGUGUAUUGUUGCACUUACUUUCAUUACAGGACAUGUAGCACUAAGAUGCAUGGUUACACCCUUAAUGUGCACCACUUGCACAAACUCACACAAACAGAUAGCAGUAGCUGCUGGACAACAAGAUGCUUGUAAUGAGAGGAGGACAGGGACAGAUGCCGAGCAACUGCACGUGCCUUCAGAAGGCUAAAGGUUAAGCCAUUUCACUCACACACGCACGGUGACGGUGAAAAGUCAGCUCUCCCUCGUCUUAAAGCAGAUGUCUGUGGAAGCAAAGCAUGACUCCAGCCUGUCCAUGCACACACACACACACACACACAAACACACACCAGCCAGGCUUUGGGGUUAAUCUGUGAUUGUCUUUGAUCCCUCCAAGCCUAGCAAACCGCAUUGUACCUUACCAGCCAUCUGGGCACUUCACCUCAGCUUUUCCACAUCCCCACAUGAGGAUCCACUGUGAGAGGAUUAGCUGGCAUUUGUGAUAGCUGCUAACUAGCGCCUCUGUGAGUUAUUGGUUAUUAAAAAAAGAAAAAAAGUGCUACUUAAGUGCUCUGUUAUUCAGUUGGGAAAAAAAGGGGUGGGGGGGCUCUUUGUGGUUCUUCUGUUGAAGAAAAAUUCCUGUAACCUGUUAGCAAAAAAAAAUUAGACUAGCUCAACAUUUUGGGAAGUAUACUGAUUUGGUUUCUUGUUGAGAGUUAGCUAUGAAGCUUUGUAUAAAUCUCAUGUCUGUAUGGGACAAAUGAACAGUACCUGGCUUUUUGAAUUUAGGUGAGGCAAAAGCUAUCUUAAAAAAAAAGAAAUUACCAGUGUUUCUGAAGGAAGCUGAUACCAUACAAAGUGUAUAAAACCACAUUGUGGUUUCAUGGGGGUUUAUGCGCCGUCAGUUUCUAUAAAUUUUUGCCAUCUGUAGUACAAAAUUUCCAGUUGGGUAUCUUGAAAUUUCAAGUUACUCAGACGUAAGCGGACAUUUUGAGAUACACAUAACAUGAAAUUUUGAUGCAAUAAAUAAAAUUUUGACUUAGCGCUACCUAGCAAUUUAAAAAAAAAUUUUUUUUCCAGUGACAGAAACAAGCUUCCAUAGAAAAGAGUUUGGUCACAGUCAGUGAGUUUGGAUUUAGCUGAUUCAUCAACUUAGGUUUUCUUUCGCCUUAACAAUAUCCUUUUACACUGCCUCAGUAUUCACACGUAUUCAAUAACUGAAUAAUCACUAUUUCAGCAGGAGCAUUUUAACCCAAUGAAAAUUAAACUGAACUGCUUCACUCUUUUUUUUUUUUUUAAACCACACCCUUUCAUAACAUCUUAAAUAUGAAGUAAAAAAUUAUCUAAAUCCCACCAUCACUGUAAUUGUCAGCAACUUGUACGUAAUCUCUUCAUGCCUAUUUGUGAACCGAGUCUUUAUUGUUGUAAAUAUUGGUACAUACUGCCUUUUUUUUUUCUGUAAAUAGUGCACCCAUUGGUCCUCAAUUGUUGAUAUGAAUCUAAUGGCAUAUUUUUAUAUAUUUGUGUAAGGUUUGUUUUUCCUGUUUGUAUUUUUCUCCCCUCUGGCAUGCGCUGUCAGUCACGUUUAAAUUAUAACUGUCAUAGAGCUUAUAAAAAGAAGGCAAGAUGGCCUCUGACAGAUAUUCAUGUUUUCACUCCAAAACAUGCUGUUUGCCUUGUUACAGACAUGGCCAGGAAGGUAAAAAAUAAAAAAAUACUAAAAAAUAAGAAGCUGCAGUUUUGCACCGCCACUUGGUCAUGACUCUGUUGGACAUCUUGCAGCUGUGAUAAAGAGAGUCUAUCAGAGUUGCUUCUUGUACGUAGCUGUCUUUGUUUUGUCAC